CCAAAUCUUCGUUAGCACAUGCCCCCGCCACGUCGCAGUAAAUAUAUUCUGCAUUUGGGAGCGGUUUAAGGUGUCAGAUACAACAUGAAAAAGUCUUUGAAACCUUUUGGACGACACAAGCUUUGAUUCACAACAUCGGUAAAACAGAGGAGGGAGGAUGCCGCUGCGGAUCGGUAGCGUGAGGGGCAAGAUCCACGCUCUGUUCAACUGCCUUCUGGUCGGCUGCAUCAUCACCAUAUCCUACCAGCUUCACUCGCUGCUGCAGAAAUGCGACAAGGAAACCGUGUCGAGAAACCUGUUCAAUUCCCGACUCAAACUUCCACCCGGUCCCCUGAUAUCGAAAAGCGGAGAUCCCCAGAGAUCUAAACUCAGUGGAGAGACUUGGGCACAACAGAGCUCCUCUCCUGUAGUAAACCCACACCCUUACCACUUCGUCUUGAAUCAAGAGGAAAAAUGCAAGAACCAAGAUGUCUUCCUUCUCAUCAUCGUCACCACGUCGCCCAAGAACUACAUCCAGCGACAGGACAUCCGGCGCACCUGGGCCAACGAGUCCAACAUCCGGGGAGUCGGCAUCAAGAGGGUGUUCGCCGUCGGUAUGCCAGAGGACCCGGAUGUACAGCAAUCUCUGGUACAGGAGAAUGGCGCGCACGGUGACAUCAUCCAGGAAAACUUCCUGGACGCGUACCGCAAUCUGUCCAGAAAGGCCAUCAUGGGUUUAAAGUGGGCCUUCACGUACUGUCCUAACGCGAGAUUCGUCCUCAAGACCGACGAUGAUGUCUUUGUAAACCCGUAUCGUUUGAUGUACUACUUAAGGGACCAACAGUCGAAGAACACCAGUAAGCUUGUGACGGGUUGGGUGUACACUGGCGGGAAACCCGUCAGAGAUCCGAACAGUCCGUGGAAAAAGUGGUUCGUCACCAUGGACGAAUACCCGAGGGACAAGUAUCCGAGUUACGCCGACGGGUUUGCAUACGUCGUCUCGAACGACAUCUCCAAGGCUUUGUACGAGACCUCGUUGACGACGAAGUACCUGUUUGUGAGAGACGCGUUUAUUGGACUUUGUAUGGAGAAGCUCGGCAUCCAUCCGCGUCACCACGACGGGUUCAGGUUGAACGACGAGGAAGUCAAGUCGUGCAGUUUUGACAGAGUCUUGGCCGCGCACUUACACGUCGUGGAAACUGUGGACAUGGUGAACACAUGGAGGGCGCUGAACUCCAACUGUUCAGCCAUGAGAACACAUAAAACAUAACUUUGUUUCUUGAACGCGACAGUCUGUGGACAAACAAAACAUUGAAGCCAUCAAAGCAAUGGCGUUUUCGAUUUCUGGAUAAAUUAAAAAAACUAGAAGCAAUGAAAACAAUCACUGUGUGAUGAUUUGGUGAAAGACUUGUCACCAAGUAUCAGUGAAAUCAGCAACAUUUCACUAUCAAUGCAAGUCACAAAGUGUCGUUAUACUAUAGUUGCACAUAGAUAUAGCCAUUGAAACUAUGCAACAGUAAUGGAACAUCGAAGUAUAUGUACGUUGUAAUGUGUGAUUCUUCUUCCGGUUUAAGGGGAAAUGCCUUAUUUUGACAACAAAACAUUAAAACAUGGUAGCGAUAGUCUUGUAGGAUUUUGCUUGCCGCUUCUUGGGGGCAUUUUACAAAUUAUCAUCUUCUAAAACACACAACAUUCGCAAAUACGUAAAUCUGAGGAGUGUGAUGUUAUAUUAUGUGUUGCAAAUGCAAGUCUGGGUGUAAAUUGUCCAUGGAAUAUGAAUAAAUAGCUUUGGCUCUUAUAGAGCAGAUAGUAGACCAGUUUUUGUGUGGCUAACUUAUUGCUUGUGAAACCUGUAAAAUAAAAAGCUGGAGUGAUAAAAUGUGGUAGUUUGAUGGGACAGAAACAAUCAAAUGAAGUUUAAUAAAGAGACAUGUGAAAAAACA